CGUAGCCCCAUAUUUCUCUUUCGAAUGGUGAAAACCGCACCUCUCUAUCUAUCACCGUUCCGGAGCUAUAAGGUCAACACUGACCGGCCAUUCUAUUUUGAAAUGGAUAGUAGUAAUCCAUUCAACGAAACGGAAUUGUUUAAAUAUCAUCUUCUAAUACUAAAUGAACUUGAAAAAACAAAUAAUGACAGCAGUAACAAUGACCGAUUAAUCAAUGGCGGCGUACAUAUUCUAUUGGCAUUUGAUAAUUUAUCGAAUGAAUCUAUGCGUAAUUUAGUAGCAUUAAAUCAACCACUUUUAACUAAAGAAAAAAGCAAAAGUUUUUAAUAAUCUCAAAGCUAGCACCUAUAAAUCUUGCGUAGAACUAGUGGAAACAUUACUUAAUCCAAAAAAUUAUUAUCUCGAACAGUUGAAACAGUUACUUCAACAAUGUCUGGGUCGCUUGAAAAUUUCAGAAGUACAACCACCAGAAUAUCGUGCAAAAAUGUAUUUAAUUCAAGCCAUGAUCUUCAAACUUGAAAAUAACUCCGUUCAAUCAUUACGCUCUACACAUGAUGCUCUACUGUCUCAUCCAUAUGAUGCACUAAUGGAUAGUCUCAUUUUAUUUUUAAACCAUUCAUACUUUCAUUUAACAGCCCGUCAAUCACUAAUUAAUGAUAUAAAAAGCGAUUCAUUCAAUCUCGCUGAUGUUACUCCACCAACUCAAAUAAAAAAUUUGAAUUUUUUGAAAAGAACAGAACGCUUAAUAAUGUUAAAGAAGUAUGAACGUGCAAUUUUGAAACGAUUGACAGAUAAUAAUCCUGUUCAAGCAGCAUAUUCUUAUAUUGAUUUAAUUAUGGCUAUAUCUGGCAGUUCAACACAUUUUGCCACUAGUUUAACCAUAUCUUGUUUAUAUUUCUAUAAAGCAAUGAUGAGCUCCGCGUGUACGUCAGCUGAAAUGUAUGCUUAUCGUUCCAUCAUAUUCGAUCUAGCUAUUGAAAUAUUUCUUUUUACAAGACAUUAUCUACCAUUAUAUGUUCAAUUGCAUAUUUAUAAAUUACUAUAUGGAGGUGAACUUGUUAUCAAAGAUUUUCAUGAAGUAGUAUUGGAUGAAUUAUUAAAAAACAUUCUGCAAUUAUCUAAAGUUAAUCCAAUGACACAUGCACCACCAACUAGUAUGAUACACGAUAUGGUCUAUAUGGGAUAUGCUGGUAAUGAACUUCUCUCGAAAUAUUUGAAAUUAAUGGCACCAAAGAAUUCAAUGUAUCGAUAUUACUUUUUUGAAGGUGUUUGGAAAGAUUGGAUUGAUAAUACGAGAUUUGAAGAUGAACGUGAAGACUGUAUGGAAGAUUUGUUGUACGAGCGUGAUUGGAUGAUGUGGAAGAUCUAUUAUGUUGGACAUUAUUGCCAAGAACAGAUGAUGGUUGUUGGUGUUACAUUGGACAAUGAUACAGGAGAAAUUGAAUUCAUGUUUCGACAAGCCAAGAAAAAUGAACACAAUUUAUUUGAUGCUACGGAUGUGAUGGAUACCCUAAGAAAUGGUAUUUUUUUCGCUCAUUUUACGUUGGAUCCGCCUAAUACAGACUAUCAUUCACAUCCAUUUAACGAAAUGAGAUAUUUACCCAAACGUCUUUCACAAACGCCUAACUAUUUGCUCACCCUACUUCACGCAGAUUAUCUAUUAAAAAUGAUUUCAACAGGCGUUGAGAUUAAUGCGUUCGAACCAUUUGAAAUGCGUCCAUCAGCCGAGAAUCUGAUGCAACGCUUACCCGCAUAUAUACGUGAAGAAUUGCAAGCAAUUGCAACAAAGAAGUCUGGGAUAAUAACAGAUAGUAUUCAUCGUUUCUGGAUACAGCCACAAUCUAGUAUUGAUUAUGAGCAAACAUUCUACAAAGGUAUUUUUGGUCGAACGUAUGAAAAUAUUGUACAAUUUUAUUUGAGUGACAAUUUGAAAAUGUGUGUUAAACAACAUCGAAUGAAGUAUGACGAAAAAGGUAAUUUAAUUGAUGAUAAAGAUGAUAAAGAAGAUGAUCAGUCAGCUGAAGCUCAAUUUGCACGUACAUUCACAAAAUAUUAUGAUGAAAUUGGAGAAUAUUUUCCAGAGCUAUUACGUUUGAAAGAGCUUUUAAAGUUGAGUUUUAUAUCACGUACUAUUCAAGCCAGAUAUGAAAGUCAAUGUGAAUUUGCUUCACGAAUCGAAAAUGAUACAGCACUUGAUACUUAUUUGAAAGAGAUUAAAGAAAAAAUCGGCCAUUAUCCUACAGGUUCUAAUGAAGUAGACGAAAAGAUAUUAAAUGCCAUAUCAAGAAACCUAUGCAAACAAUUCUUUUGUAAAAAAAAUAAUCUUAAACAAAGUCUCAUAGAUUGGUUGAAAUAUGACCGAGAACAAGCACUAUCAAAACACGUUAAACAAUCGUUAAUUCAAAAAAAAGCAAAAUUAAAAUUUACAGUCGAGAAAUUUAAAUUGUUUUAUGAUGAUAGUCAUGAUAACGAUUACACUAUGAGUAAUGACUCUUCCAAAUGUUCAUGGGUCCCUGCUGCAUUCUCCUCUGAUCUAAAUCGGAAAGUGUACGGAGGUGUAACUUUAACUGCACCAACAGCUGUAAUGUCUGGUAUAAAAGCACAGCAUGAAAAAAAAUCAAAACAAAUUACGAAAGUAAAUGUGUCUGAAGUCUCUCAAGAUGUAGAAAAAUAUACAUCAAAACAAGAACGCGGCAACAAUAAGUCCAAGAAAGGUAAAUCAUUGUGUUUCUAUUAG